ACUUACAAGUAAUACGUUAAGUCCUACUUAACUUAAUUUGACCGAGCUUUCGGUUGCCAACAGUAUUUUUUCCUUAGUUUGGAUAUAUAGCGUAUUUGAAUAUAUUUUGUAUGAUGUAAAUAGAUUAUAACUGCGUAAAGAAGCUGUUGAACAAAAGUAAAGAUGACAAGUACAAAUCAAGUGUCGCCAGUGGUGAUUACACAGCCUGGAGCCCAAGGUCAAGGUCAGGCGGUCCCGGCACAAGCUGCAGUAUAUGGUAUGCCAGGACAAACGCCAGGUGUCAUGCCUGGACAAAUGGCACAAAUGGGACAAAUGGGGAUGGUACCUGGAGGACAGGAGCCACCCGUUGUAUGGAUGCCGAAGCCAGUUUCAGGACCGCCAGGCGGCUGCCCUCCUGGACUCGAGUACCUGACUCAAGUAGACCAGAUACUUAUCAAACAACAAAUUGAUAUCACAGAACUCUUUACAACUUGGGAGAAGGAAAACAAGUAUAACAUAUUGAAUACAAUGGGACAACAAGUGUAUGCGGCGAAAGAAGAAUCGGAUACAUGUCACCGACAGUGCUGUCGAGCAAACAGAGGGUUUGUAAUGCAUGUAGGAGAUAAUCUGGGGAACGAAGUUAUCCGGCUUGAGCGCGAGUUCCGCUGCUGCAACGUGUCCUGGUGUGCUUGCUUUGGCUGCUGUGGACAUCGCGUCUCCGUGGAAGCACCGCCCGGCACUGUUGUCGGAUAUAUCAAGCAAAAACCGACUCUGUGUGAUCCAAAAUACGCAAUACUGGACGCAGACGAGAAGGAAGUCCUGCAUAUAUCAGGUCCAUGCUGUGUUAUCCAAGGAUGUCCAUGUGAUAUUGAUUUCAUGGUACACUCAGCCACGGAUGGUCAGACAGAAGUUGGUAAAAUUCAAAAGCAGGCUGCCAAAGAUCUGAAUGAAAUGAUAAUGAAGGCUGAUAGCUUUGGUGUCACAUUUCCUAUGGACUUAGAUGUCAAAAUGAAAGCAGUUAUGAUUGGUGCAACAUUCCUCCUGGACUUCUUAUUCUUUGAAAAACCACGGGGAAGGCGAGGCGGGCGCCGCCGCGGCCGCCGUUAACAUGUGGUGAUCGGCAUCUUUAAAAUACUAAAGUAGGAGGGGCGAAAAUGUGAUCAAUUUAGUUCAAGGAAAAUUGUUUCACAUGAUUUUCGUUACUGUCUAGUAAACGGAAUGAUUUUUAAACGUAUUUUUCAAAUAGUAUAUUUUUUCUAUUGUAGAUAUGAAAAUGUUUUAAAGCAGAUGUGAUAAAUAAUCUACUUAUUUGUUUAAUUUUACGGAAUAAAAAUUCUUAUAUUGUUGUUGU